CCAAGCUUUCAUUUUUACCUGUCACGUAAAGCCCUAAAAUGUUGGGAAAUCUUCGAUCCCGGCGUCGUCCUCCUUAUGGCACGUAUAUUUGUGCGGCCGUUUCGUCCAUUCUUCUCAUGCUUUCGGUGUCUUUCUUGUACACUAGCCUUUCUCACUCCCAUCCUCAUUUCCAUACCCACCUCUACCACCGUACCUCCAGAGCCUCGCUUCACUCCGUCAACUGUGACUCUCUCCUAUCGGAUUCUGUCGAUGACAACAUCUCCGGCACCGAAGACAAGAUCGACGCCCUCGACGUCAUUGAAGAACAACAGGAAGAUGACGAUUUGAAGAAUAUCGAAUUCGAAGAAGAAGAUGAGCCGUUCGAGCAAAUCAAGGUUUCUGGGCAUUUCUUUGAUCAUUUGAGCGGGGUUAUUCGGAGGGUAUAUGACAAACGUUCGAUUGAGGCAUGGGAAGAUACUCAGGCUGGGUUUUUUGUGGGAGCCGGGGUUGAGGAUCGGAGCAAGGCAGCGUUUGGCUCCGACGAUGUACCGGUGGACGAUCUGGUGAGGAGAAAAGCGACUCAGGUGUCGGGGAUUGAGGAUGCGCUGUUGUUGAAGGUGGGCAAGAGGGUUUCGCCGUUAAGGGAAGGCUGGGGUGAUUGGUUCGACAAGAAAGCUGAUUUCCUGAGGAAGGACAAGAUGUUGAAGUCGAAUUUUGAGGGUUUGAAUCCUGUGCACAAUCCGAUUCUGCAAGACCCAGAUGGAGUGGGUGUGACUGGGUUGACAAAAGGUGAUCGCAUUUUCCAGAAAUCACUUAUAGAUGAUUUCAAGAAAGUCCCAUUUCCAUAUCUCGGCUCCACAGAGACCCGAGAUUCGUCCAAGAUGCAAGGAAAGGAGGCUAAAGUAGAAGAAUGCGAUAGCAAGACAGGAGGUAAGAUGUUCCCAGUGGACGACACUGAUGUUGGAAAAUGCAUCCCUAAAAUUAGCGAAAAAGCUCAAGAACAUCGGUGACUGUGCCAGCUAAAACGAAAAGUGAGAGUAUUGUCGCUGAAAGAAGACAUGGCAACCGAGUUCUGAUAGUUAUUGUCAAAGAAGUUGAUCAUAUACUUCAAUACCAAGGAAAGGAAAUGGUGCCGCAAAGGACAUUCAAGAGUAGGAAGGAUCGUGUUCUUGAAGCAGUAUAGUGUUGCGGAAUUGACAGAAACGACGUUGAACCUGCACUUCUUUCAAUCAAUUUCUCUUAUAGAUGCAGUUAGAAAUUGAGUUUCACCCUCUGAUGUCCAUGCAUUUGUAGUUUACCAUAGCAUGAUCUUUGUCUUUGUCUGUCUGUGAGAAGGAUAUCUGGCUCACUCCUUUCACAUGUGCCCUCUAUCGAAGUAACUCAAUACCCCCUUGAUGUAUUCAUGUCUUUGAAGGAGGAGUAAUACAAAACAACAUCAUUGGACAUGAAACUCACGUUCCUUGUUCAUAGUACAUUAGA